UCUCGUCAAGAAACAAAAAAGUUACAAAAUCUCAACAAAAAGAAUUCGAGGAUGAUGUCUAUUUUUAGCCCAUUCGAAGCUCUUUACGCCGAAUCCAACGGCUUCAAGAUGAUAUUCUCAGGCACCAAGAAGCAAAGCUCCGGUGAUAAUCAGUCGCCGGCGACAGAUCAGCAAAAGAACGCUGGAAAAACUCCGAUUUCGUCAGACGAUGAAAAGAGUAAUAAGAAGAAGAUCCAACCUAUGAGGAUAGCUCCAGAGCUCGAUGGUCUUCAUUGUUUUGAAACUAUUCUUCCUUUUUAAUGAUCAUGAUUCAUGAUAAAGAGAUUUUAUUCAUUACUUGUAAAAAAAAUGUUCCUUCCUUUGUAUAAAGAUUAAUAAUCAUACAGCUUAUUCCAA